GGCCGGGCCGGGGCCCCGCGGGGCGGCCUGGUCUACCCCAGCCCUGCUGCGGCCCCACGGCCUGCCUGCCGUCUUGCCCUCCCCGAGGUCGUCCUCGUAAAGAGAGCCGGAGGAAACCAGUAGAUCGCAAAGGGAUCUGAAGCGAUCGCUUGUUGAAAAUGCCACUCGGGUCGGAGGGCUGUUUGGGGAGGGGUGGCAGCAAGCUACGUGGCUGGAGUGACGGCCGGCGAGGCGAGCGGCUGGAGCAUGUGAGGAGCUGCCCGAGGGAUCACUCGUAUUUUCAUUUCAGCUUCUUCAGGUGAAACACUACUGACUUGUUACUUCAUGGCUACCCUGACGUUUUAUCAACAGGACAAGGGAGCUGCACAACUCAGGAUGCUCCUGCCCUGGUCUGUGCCUUUAGAAGUGUGACGCUCGUCGGUGCUGGGUGCCGGACAGGCAGGAUCGGUCCGCAGCCAAGAUGGUGGCGUUUAACUGGAAGGCUUUGGAGAAUUUCCCACUGCUGAUGUACAUUUUGGCAGCUAAAACGUUGAUUCUUUGCUUAGCGUUUGCUGGCGUAAAAAUGUACCAGAGCAAAAGAAUUGAAGAAAAAUUGAAGAGGGAACGUGAAGAGAAAUUGAAAAGAGAAUCAGAGAAGAAGGAUGAUUGA